GUCGCACCACCAGUAUACUUGACGGUGUUUAAUUUAUGUUUUUAUUUUGGUUUCCACAUUAGCCUUCGUUCAUUCAUUAUAUUCGUUAUAAUUGAAACCUAAUAUCCGUUGAUUAUUAUUCAGCUGAAGUGAAUGGAGAUAAGACAGCGUACUAUUUGCAUGUCGGAUUCUAAUAAAAGAAAUUCGAAUUCAACGUGCGAAGUGAUUUGAUAAUGUGAGUGAGUGUUUUGCCGGAAAAUGGAGGAGAAUUUUCCGAUGAAAAAUGUCACGAGGCGGAACAGUGAAUCUACAGAUUCCAAAAGAAUCAACACAGAAGAAAGAAAUCACAGAGUUAUCGAAAUCGGGCCUCCAGACACAUUUCUUCUAGUCCAUUUAUUAUUUUUGUUACUUGGAAUAAUGCAUCUGCUACCAACAACUUUUUUUGUGACAGCAAAUGACUAUUGGAUGUAUAAAUUUCGAUCCAUCUCUUCGAACAACACGAACGACAGAUCCGAUCUCCAGUCAAAUUUUGCUUCAGGUUCCAAUAUAGCUUCUACGGUACCGUCAGUAGUCUGCAUGGUCCUGGCAACCGUAUUCGGAUAUAAAAUGAAGCUGAGGACGAGGAUUUUAGCUUCGCUAUUUAUAUUAGCUGCCAGUUUGGCCGUAUCGACCAUAUUCAUCAAUGUUGAUACUGACGAGUGGCAAACGGGGUUUUUCGCUCUCACGAUGCUGAUUUUGGCGAUAAUGAAUGGAAUAAUGGCCCUUUUCCAAGUGAGCACUCUAGCCCUCGUCUCCAAGCUACCUCCAGCUUACUUAAAAACGUUCCUAGUGGGUCAGGGCGUUGGAGGUAUCUUCACGUCAUCCCUCCAGGUGCUCUCCCUUGCAGUUGGUACUUCAUCAAAAGCAUCGGCUCUCGUGUACUUUCUCUUCGGCACUCUGAUAACCUCCAUCACGCUAGUCAUGUUCUACUAUAGCAAGAACUCGUCUUUCUAUAACUUCCAUUACGAAAAAAACCCGGAGGACACCAAGAAGGAUAUUAUCUGCUUCGUGGAGUUCAGAGACGUGUCCAAGAAGAUUUGGUCCAGCUUAGCGAUAGGCAUGGCUGGUGCUCUAGCUUACGCUCCGACACAUCCUGCGGUUGCAGCUUUGGUAGUCUCAGAGUUUAGAGGGAAUGAGAACGAUUGGAACGAAAAAUAUUUCGUAGCUGUUGUAACUUUCUUGUACAGUGACAUCUGCAGCGUCAUUGGGCGAGUAAUGGCAACAUCGUUGAAUAAGCGCCCCAGUGAUCUUUGGUUGGUAGGAUUGUCGAUCAGCAGGAUAUUCUUUUUCGUUCCACUGUUCAUGUUCUGCAAUACCCUACCGAGGAAUCACCUUCCAGUAUUAUUUCCCCAUGAUUGGCAAUACGUCAUCAUCCUGGGUAGUUUCAUGAUAAGCAGCGGAUACUUUUUCAACAUUGCCUUCAUGAAUGUCACCAGGUUGGCUCCAGAGAAUGAAGAAACUUCUUAUUUGAUAAUGCAAACAUUUAUAGGAAUAGUUUCUGCAGCAUUUUCUCCUUUGGGGGUUCUUUGCGUUGAAUUAUUAUGAUACAUUAAAGUGAUUAGCAAUGA